CCUUCUGGGCGCUGUGUGCCCGCCUGAGGGGCCUCGAGAAAGCAGCGAGAAGGAUUUGUUUUGCUUUUUCCCCCUGAGAUAUGGCUGUGGUGCCACCGGAGAGCUCCCAAAGGAGGAGAGGAGGGGAUCCUUCCUCGGAGAACGGGAAGAAGCAUGUUGAAAGGGAAGGAGAUGCUGCAAAGAGAUGGGCUGAUAAAUGGGGAUUUUUGAAAACACCUCUUGAAGAGUUGCUUGGAGUUGAAAAGAAAGAAGCUGCAAAGCCCAAGCUACAGCUUCCAGAUCACCUGCAAGUUCGACCUGUGACACCUGUGGAAAAAUACAUUAAGGUGCUUCCAUCUCCUCCAGUACCUAAAACUACCCAGGGGUUUAUUGGCUGGAGGUCAGGUGUUCCAGCACUGGCACUUGAACACGAUUAUCAAAUCCAAAGCUGCAAAGGAGCUGUCUGUAGUAUGAAGUGACCAUGUGAGCCCUCUGAGUGACAUUAUGAAAUAAAGAGGCACAAAGAUCCAUCUGCAUUCCUAAGGAAAUAUAGUGGACUGUUGGACUGUUGAGCAUUUCUGCUAUUUAUGUAAAAAUCCACAAUCAUUUUGGGAAAGUGUGAACAUUUUCCUUUUACUUCAUUGAAUCUAUGGUAUCCAAGCUGCUAACUCUGCUUCAGAGCUCCUGCUUGUAACUUAGAAAUAACAAUGAAUAAACUCAGAUAAAGAUCA